GGCCGAAGCGCCGCUCCGCGCCCGCCUGCCGCUUCCCGGGCUCCACUUUCACUUUCGGUCCUGGGGCAGCUAGGCCGGCGGCGGUGGUGGCGGCGGCGCAAGGGUGAGCGCGGCCCCAGACCCCCAGGUAGUUAGAGCAAGAAGAUGGUGUUUCUGUCCCUCAAAUGGUCCCUUGCAACCAUGUCAUUUCUACUUUCCUCACUGUUGGCUCUCUUAACUGUGUCCACUCCUUCAUGGUGUCAGAGCAGUGAAGCAUCUCCAAAAGGUAGUGAUGGGACGCCAUUUCCUUGGAAUAAAAUACGACUUCCUGAGUACGUCAUCCCAGUUCAUUAUGAUCUCUUGAUCCAUGCAAACCUUACCACGCUGACCUUCUGGGGAACCACGGAAGUAGAAAUCACAGCCAGUCAGCCCACCAGCACCAUCAUCCUGCAUAGUCACCACCUGCAGAUAUCUAGGGCCACCCUCAGGAAGGGAGCUGGAAAGAGGCUAUCGGAAGAACCCCUGCAGGUCCUGGAACACCCCCCUCAGGAGCAAAUCGCGCUGCUGGCUCCCGAGCCCCUCCUUGUCGGGCUCCCGUAUACAGUUGUCAUUCACUAUGCUGGCAAUCUUUCGGAGACUUUCCACGGAUUUUACAAAAGCACCUACAGAACCAAGGAAGGGGAACUGAGGAUACUUGCAUCAACACAAUUUGAACCCACUGCAGCUAGAAUGGCCUUUCCCUGCUUUGAUGAACCUGCCUUCAAAGCAAGUUUCUCAAUCAAAAUUAGAAGAGAGCCAAGCCACCUAGCCAUCUCCAAUAUGCCAUUGGUGAAAUCUGUGACUGUUGCUGAAGGACUCAUAGAAGACCAUUUUGAUGUCACUGUGAAGAUGAGCACCUAUCUGGUGGCCUUCAUUAUUUCAGAUUUUGAGUCUGUCAGCAAGAUGACCAAGAGAGGAGUCAAGGUGUCUGUAUAUGCUGUGCCAGACAAGAUAAAUCAAGCAGAUUAUGCACUGGAUGCUGCGGUGACUCUUCUAGAAUUUUAUGAGGACUAUUUCAGCAUACCGUAUCCCCUACCCAAACAAGAUCUUGCUGCUAUUCCUGACUUUCAGUCUGGUGCUAUGGAAAACUGGGGACUGACAACAUAUAGAGAAUCUACUCUAUUGUUUGAUGCAGAAAAGUCUCCUGCAUCAAGUAAGCUUGGCAUCACAAUGAUUGUGGCCCAUGAACUGGCCCACCAGUGGUUUGGGAACCUGGUCACUAUGGAAUGGUGGAAUGAUCUUUGGCUAAAUGAGGGAUUUGCCAAAUUUAUGGAGUUUGUGUCUGUCAGUGUGACCCAUCCUGAACUGAAAGUUGGAGAUUAUUUCUUUGGCAAAUGUUUUGACGCAAUGGAGGUAGAUGCUUUAAAUUCCUCACACCCUGUGUCUACACCUGUGGAGAAUCCUGCUCAGAUCCGGGAGAUGUUUGAUGAUGUUUCUUAUGAUAAGGGAGCUUGUAUUCUGAAUAUGCUAAGGGAGUAUCUUGGUGCUGAUGCAUUUAAAAGUGGUAUUGUACAGUAUCUCCAGAAGCAUAGCUAUAAAAAUACAAAAAACGAGGACCUGUGGGAUAGUAUGGCAAGUAUUUGCCCUACAGAUGGUGUAAAAGGGAUGGAUGGCUUUUGCUCUAGAAGUCAACAUUCAUCUUCAUCCUCACAUUGGCAUCAGGAAGGGCUGGAUGUGAAAACCAUGAUGAACACUUGGACACUGCAGAAAGGUUUUCCCCUGAUAACCAUCACAGUGAGGGGGAGGAACGUACACAUGAAGCAAGAGCACUACAUGAAGGGCUCUGAUGGCGCCCCGGACACUGGGUACCUGUGGCAUGUUCCAUUGACAUUCAUCACCAGCAAAUCAGACAUGGUCCAUCGAUUUUUGCUAAAAACAAAAACAGAUGUGCUCAUCCUCCCAGAAGAGGUGGAAUGGAUCAAAUUUAAUGUGGACAUGAAUGGCUAUUACAUUGUGCAUUACGAGGAUGAUGGAUGGGACUCUUUGACCGGCCUUUUAAAAGGAACACACACAGCAGUCAGCAGUAAUGAUCGGGCGAGUCUCAUUAACAAUGCAUUUCAGCUCGUCAGCAUUGGGAAGCUGUCCAUUGAAAAGGCCUUGGAUUUAUCCCUGUACUUGAAACAUGAAACUGAAAUUAUGCCCGUGUUUCAAGGUUUGAAUGAGCUGAUUCCUAUGUAUAAGUUAAUGGAAAAAAGAGAUAUGAAUGAAGUGGAAACUCAAUUCAAGGCCUUCCUCAUCAGGCUGCUAAGGGACCUCAUUGAUAAGCAGACGUGGACAGACGAGGGCUCAGUCUCAGAGCGAAUGCUGUGGAGUCAACUACUCCUCCUCGCCUGUGUGCGCAAGUAUCAGCCGUGCGUACAGAGGGCAGAAGGCUAUUUCAGAAAGUGGAAGGAAUCCAAUGGAAACUUGAGCCUGCCUGUUGACGUGACCUUGGCAGUGUUUGCUGUGGGGGCCCAGAGCACAGAAGGCUGGGAUUUUCUUUAUAGUAAAUAUCAGUUUUCUUUGUCCAGUACUGAGAAAAACCAAAUUGAAUUUGCCCUCUGCACAACCCAAAAUAAGGAAAAGCUUCAAUGGCUACUGGAUGAAAGCUUUAAGGGAGAUAAAAUAAAAACUCAGGAGUUUCCAGAAAUUCUUAUACUCAUUGGCAGGAACCCAGUAGGAUACCCAUUGGCCUGGCAAUUUCUGAGGAAAAACUGGAACAAACUUGUACAAAAGUUUGAACUUGGCUCAGCUUCCAUAGCCCACAUGGUAAUGGGUACAACAAAUCAAUUCUCCACAAGAACACGGCUUGAAGAGGUAAAAGGAUUCUUCAGCUCUUUGAAAGAAAAUGGUUCUCAGCUCCGUUGUGUCCAACAGACAAUUGAAACCAUUGAAGAAAACAUCCGUUGGAUGGAUGAUCCUGAAGCUGACGCAACAGGAUGAAAAUCUAUCAAGAAUCUCAGACUACAGCACUAAAUACGCUUUGAUGCUACAUCAAAAGGAAUGGAAGCAUAGCUUUGCUAAAGUUACUUCAUCUCCAUCUAGCAAAUGAGGCACUGUUCUCAACCAAAGGAGAUGGGGAUCUGGUUUAGGGCAAUCCCUUUAUAAUUUGAUGUGCUGUGGUCUCCUUGGUAAUGUAUAAUUUGGUAUUGCACAGGUGAUUAGUCAAAGAAGUCUGGAAAAGCUUUGGUCCCACAGCCUUGCCUCACAGCAUGUAAAUAAUUAAAACAAUAUUGAUGCCGAGGUUCUUCUACUGCUAGUACGAAAGUGACAAAUUUUUACUGGUGUGAAUUGGGAAGAAAACAAUGCUAUUCCAUGACAUUUGUAAAAUUUUUGUAAAAUGUUUGUAAAAGCUCAAACACCACAAUUCCAUAAAAUAAACUUGAGGUUAAAUAAUGGGUAGUAAAUUAUAGAAUGUAUAAGAGAAAAUAUAAAGGAGAAAAUCAAUUAUCAGGAAAGCUAAAGAACUUUUCAAAUCUAGUAAUUCGAAUAUAGACACAAUGCACUUUAUUGCACUUUCAAUUCUUAUAAAGCAACAAUAAUAUUAAGGUCCUUGACUAUGUGUACAAUGUUUUCACAUAUAUUGUUUCAUUUAAUCAUUUCAAAGUUAAUCGCUGCCAUCUCCCUAAAUCAUCAGUUUCGGCUCUUCUGAAAUAGAAGGUGCCUGAUCUUCCUAAUAAUUCUGCCUAUUUUCAUUUGCUUUAAACAGGUGCCCUAUUUUCUUUCUAGUUGUGGCUGCACAAAAACAUUUAUCUCCCAAAUAAGAUGUGCUGCUUACCGAAGUAUCACGGGGUGGGGCUCCAGCGUGGGUCGUUGAAGCUGGGGUUUGGGAAACCACUUCAGAGAUGGCAGCAGCAAGUUUAGCAUCUUCAAAUUUCUUUUAUUGAAAAAAAUUUUAUUAGUAACAUGUUGUAUAUAAAAUUAUGACCACAAUGCCAUCACUUAACUAUAACUCUUAAAGAUAGCUUAAUGACUGUUUAUUCUCUUGAUCCAAAUAGACUCAUAAUAACAUAUAAUUUUAAAAGAAAUUUAAAUUCUCUUUCUACUCUAUUGUAUUAUUUUAUAAUUUCCUAUUUCUAUUUCCUUCUCAUAUUGAUUAUUCUAAAUACUAUGCAAUAAUAUAACUUAGAGUUCCAUGGUUUGUUUACACAUUUCCUGUUGUACAUUUAGGUUAUUCAAAGUUUUCAGCUCUUUUAAAAUUGCUCUGAAUAAGUUCUAGUGAAUAAGUUAUGGUGCUGGCUAUUUUUUGCCAAACUUCCCUCUCAAAUGUUGCUAGGAAUUCAUACUGCAAAAAGCAAUGAAUAAGCAUGCCUGUUUUCCCAUGGCCUUGCUUGCCAGAAUUUGACUUUUAUUACAUAUUUUUAUUUCUGAUAAUCAGUGUAAAAUGAUAUACUACUAUUGCUUGUAUAUUGUGGUAUAUGGUGUCAGGUUUCAGGUUUUUUUUUCAAUGUUAAAUAUUCUAGAAACUUUCUGAAAUAAUUUCUGUUUAAAAAUAUUGAAUAUUUGCUUCAUUUCAAAUACUCCCUUUUGACAAAAAAACUUAGGUAUAACUGUUGAUGAAAAACCAGAAAAAAGUCCAGAACUCUUUGGUGACUCCAACUAUGGAUAGCUUAUUUUGAAAAAGGAGAAUUGCAAAUUUUACCGAAAGAUGGAGAAAAGCACAUUAAAAAGAUACCAACAUUCAGAAAUUUAUUUCAGCAUGUUAUUAUUGGAAAUUAUUUAAACUAAUUUAGAUAACUAUAAGAUACUUAUUGUCCAUUUAUACCCUGUAAAGCCGUUUUAGAAUGUCAUAUUUUAGGUAAUCUAAAAUGUACUAAAUUAAAUUCAUUUUUAGUUACGAGAAAUCUUUGCUUAUAUGACAAAUGAAAAGAAUGACAAGUUGUCAAAUGAAAAGAAUGACACUGAAACAUUUGUAUUGUCUCUUCUUAAACUAUCUUAUUGACUUAUUAUUUAAGCCUUUUAAUACUAAGUAUGAAACAACCUAUGGUCUGGAAAUUUGUAUUGCAAAGCUAUAUGUGCGUAUGUUAUUCAUCUAACGCUACACAAAAGCAUAAAAUAAUGAUUUUUCACUCUUUUUAAAAAUACUAAAUCAUUUGUGUCCAUUUCUCAAUUUUUUCAUUGAUCUAUGCUUUGAGUUUGCUUUCUCAACAUUAUUGUAUUUUCUAUUAUUACUGUGUAACAUAUGCUAAUGUUUAGUUGGAUUAAUCUUACCUAAAAGUACUGAAAAAUGCUUUCCAGUAUUUUUUCAUAUUUUAUACAUUUAUUUUUCAAAUAUAUCAUUGAAUAAUUUUAUUGAGUUAUAAAAAGUAUGUUAUUGCUAUUUAAUAAAAAAUUAACAUAUAAAA